CGCGGCGGCCGCAAUGCUGCUUUGCGGUGUUUUAUGUUCCGUGUUUUCGGUUUCAUUCGGUGCGAUCGUACAAAUCGUAGUCUUUCUUCUACAGAAUUCAAAUGUCUCGAGAGUGCAAGCCUCCCUUCCACCGGGAGCUGAGGACGAAAUAAUUGUCAUCGAGCAUCUACCAGGGCGCCGAGUUCAUCUGCAAGAUUUCUUUUGGACCGACGCGGAAAAUGCUCCGCCGUGGGUGGAUUCGAAUCAACCCUUUUACGAAACUAGGACAGCUCUCCAUACGGUAACAAUUUACUUGCCUGCCGAAGGAAAAGACGACGAUGAUUCGAAACCUGAAAGUCGUCCUAGUUCCCACGAUCCAAAAUGUACCACGUGCAUCGAGCCUACGCCAAGACUGGACGACGAUCAGAAUCAAAAUAUCGGUAUUCUUGUGACGCAAGAUCCCGGACCAAGAUACUGGUUGUUAACUGUUCUUCGUGCGGGUGAAGCGGUGCCACCUAAAAUUGAAUUGAAAUUGGCUCGUUUAUAUCGAACUGCAUUCUCAAGACAACAACAACGUCAUCUUGGACUUUUGCAGACGGAUCCGCGAUAUCAACGAUCCGUGGACGAACGACUGUUGGUCACGAACAAGAUUCCCCCGAGAAGUCGACCAGUUUCGAGCAAAUUGAUAGCGAACGAUAUCGAAGGAAAGACUGCGAACAAGCGUUCGGAAAUACGCUCGUUCAAUUACUCGUCGGAAGAGAUUGUUCAAGUUAGAAUGCAAAAUACAAGCAUGACUGAAAAUGGUGCUACGAGGUUGAUUUAUUCUGUUCACCUAGGUGGAAAACCUGUACCUGCUGAAACAGCUGCCAGAGACAUGGCUCUUUUGUCACCGCAGGAAGUUGCAUUAGAACUCGGUGCGCCGGUUCUUAUACAGAGCGAACCAUAUUUGAAAGAAACUCGUCCUUUGGCGCUUUCAAGGAAAAGAGACGCAUGGCUAUUAAUUGGAGCAGCCAGUGCCGGUUUCGUUCUCUUGUCGAUCCUGCUUGUAGGAUUAAUAUUCACAGCGAAAAGGAAAAGGUCGCACAGUGCGGUAGCAGCACCGCCGAAUCGUAGCAUUUUAAGGAAAAAACCAGAUUACGUGUCGACGACCAAUGGUCGCGAUAACGGUGUUUUUUCAACGUCGGAAAUAGAUGUUAAGACUGAAGAUAGCAGCCAAAGUAACACCCCAGGAAGUAUGCCAAGGACUCCAACUAUUCCUGAAGCUACCGACACUUUCGACGUAGGAAUUCAUAAGGUUUCUAGCGAUAACGAAGACGAACAGAAAAGAAGGACGCACGAGCCAAAUAAAAACACGUUCGAGGAGCAUUCUUCGAAACAGACAAGACUGACGCACGGAAGAGUAUUGCGAACAAACGCGGUGGAUAUGCCAAGGACAUCGGAUUCGACGUACGUCAUAGCCGAUCAUUUAGAAGCACUAGAGUCUUUGGAAGCCAAUUACAUGAGGCACGAAGAAGACAAAGAGGAAGAAGAAGCUAGUGCCUCGCCCCACUCUUACCUAUCCAUGCCAAAUUGUAAACAAUUUCCUAACAUGAAGAGCGUCGAACCUCUUUCUAGGGUAUUGGAGCCAGUUAUGGUCAGGCAUUUGGAUAUAGAUUCUCCAGAACUAGAGAGACGAGACAAUAACGACAUCGAUUCCUAUAGAAGUAGUAAAAUCAACGACAAAUUCUUUGCACGAACUUCGAGUGCUAUGAAAGAUCCUGGAGUAGUUGGUCCUAUAGUUUGGAAUCUUCGAAGACAGACGCUAUCUGCAGAGGGCAAUGGCACGUCGGAAACCGAUGAAAUAACAUCCACGUCGGCUGGUCCUGUUGGACGAGCCAAGAGAAGGCUUCACGAGUUGCUAGAAGAUUCGUUCAGUCUGUUUGGAAGCAGAGAACAGAAUUCGGAAAUGCAAACAUGCGCUACGCAACCGAAUUCGGCGGUGUACGUUCCCGAUGUUCUUCCAAUAUUUUCAAAGACUAGGGGAAGAUCUGUUCACGUUAGUCCUGGAUCCUCGCCAACGAUGGAAAUAGAGAUACAACAGCAUGCGUCGUUGCCUCGAAAUAAUAUCGAAGAAAAUGUUGCAGAAAAUGGUCAUUCGGGACCGGUUCGAUCCCAUGGUGGAUGGAGCUCUAGACCAUUAAGUGCUGGUCCAUUUCAUAGACCGAAUGUACCGGACAUUGAUACCAAACGUAUACUUUUACAUUGUCAACUUCCACCCGAAGAUCCUGCGGUUCCAUUAAUUGCUUCGAUCAAGAAAGAACUUGAAAAAUUUUCUUCUUAAUGCCCAGUCGGCCGAGACUACUUCGACCAAAAACGUGUACGACGAUUGGUGCCAAGGCACCGUUGAAAGAAGGCAUUGCUCGGUAUUUGGCAUCGGAAGCUUGGCGCCAAAUCGAUGACAAAUCUUCGCGGAAUCUUGUAGAUGCGGUAGCGCUACGCGGCUUGGCCUGUUUUUGGCAUGGACACGACGUUGGUGCCAAAUUCGUGCGAUAUGCAGAAACAAAUGGCUCGGGAUUUGACACAAAUGCGUACUGUAAAAUUCGUAACAAAUUCAGGACAAAUUGCUUGCUGGGUAUUCGAGUAUCGUGAAGAAAUAAAAUAAAAGAAGCCUAACGAUUAUUAUUAAACAGUAAGUACUAUUCGUCGCAAUACGAGUUAAAGAAACAUUUCAAAAGAACGCGUCGAAUCAUUUAUAAUACCGUGUAAAUAUACUGGAAAUUUUUGUAUGGAAUAAUCGUAAUCAGAAUUCUUUAUACUCGACACUGUCCGUUUUUACCGAGCUCGUAACCGAAAGAUCGUAUAAUUUUGCUAUACUACAGUUGUGUCGCUAUAACUUUGAUAUUUUAACAAUUUUUCAUGGCUAUACAUAAAAAAAUAAGGAAAGUGCUAUGAACUUUUUCAUAAUACUUAAUUAUGUUCGUUUUGUGCAUUAAUACUUUUAGAUGAAUAACGAGAUCUUUAACGUUUCUAAAAUUGGGUUGCUUUAGGUGCAAUAUAUCGAAAAGUAUUGAACAUUCAUGUGUCAAAAAUGUAAGAAAAAAUUUUGGCUAUUUUGUAACAGUAAAAAUAAAUCGUAUUUACCUAAAGGAUAAGAUUAAUUAAGCAGAUACAAUCAACAACUAUAUAUUCAUGUCGCGUUUCUGUUAUUUGGUACUAUAUUUGUAUAUUCAUGACAUACCUCUCUACCCAUUUCAUUGUACAUACGCAUUAUAAUUCACUAUGACUGAAUAAGUUGUAAGAAAACGUUAGAAUUAUAAAUUAUUUGUUACUUAUUAUUUUACUAAAGUUUAAUUUAUUGUUAUUUAUUGUAUUCGUGAAAAUUGUUUACUGAAAUACGGCUAAAAUAAGAACUAACCAGAAGUAAGCUAUAAUGAAAACAAAGGAAAUUAUUUUAAUUAUAUGUGUAUAUAUACAAUAUAUUUAAAACAAAAUGAUCGAUCUAAUUUCGCCAUUAAUGCUAUAGAAUUCUAAGUUAUUACGAUAUGAAUUAUAUCAUUUUGUAAAUAAAGCGACCUAAUCUUUAUUUGAAAGAAAAAAA